AUGGGUAACAUGGAAAUCUGUGAUAGUCCGGAUCUUUGGUCUAGGAUGAAGACUGCCAAAGAGAUCCUGCGCACAGAAGGCUUUUCAAGCAAAUACCGAUCCCCCCCAAGCUCACCUAUUGAGGAGACAACCAAGAUCUCUUCUAAAAUCAAGCCUGAGACUGAAGUGACCGAAGAGUUUGAGGUGAGAGCGAUGGCUGUAUCAGUGCCAGACCUGGAAGCUUCCUUCCCUCAAGACCAGACCCCAGAACUCGAGGACCCUAAUCCUGCCCGCGGAAGUACCGUCAUGUCUGCAGAUUCGACUGUGAAGGGAGCCUCUCAUUCACCGGCCAUGAAACCCAACGAAGCCUCGAGAAAUCCCCGCACUCCUACUCUUACUCCUGUUCCUUCGUUCCCUCCCCUAUCUAAACAGACCACAAUCGCAAAACAGCGCUACUACCCUGUCAUUCCUCUCACUCUUGAAGAGGCUAUUGCACGAGCCAAAGGAGCCAGUGACAAUUACAAUAGAGAAUUAUUGGCCACGAACCACAGAGAGGUGCCCAAAAUUGUUGCUCCUGAUCGCACGCCUACCCCCCGUCCUUCCCGCGCCUGUGUCGCCAGCCAAGAGACUCAGGAACCUCCACAAGUCUCAAGAAAGAGCCAUCUCGCGCCUGUUCUACCCAAAAGAGUAACCCCGGUGACUCCCCUUGUGCGAAACGGCACCACUCUUCGCCUUCGAGCUCGUUCGCCUAAGCCUCUCGCACCGCAAAAACAGAAAUCGCCUGUUCCUCACGCCCCUCACAUACCUUCCCCUCUUGCCAAAGAGAUCACUGUGAACUCAUCUAUAGCGCCUAACGAAGCACUUGAGAUUGAGAACAAACCCGAGAUUAGCUUCAUAUUUGCAGAUACAGGUGAAACUGGGAUGAUGUCGACCUCAAACAGCUCAGACACAGUGCUUAUGCCUCCUGUGGGAGGAUAUAGGAAGGGCAGAGCACUAUCUUAUCAGUCCAUGGAAAUUGAGCGCACCCCUGCCGCGCAGCCGUUCCCCUCUCCCGAUUCGAUCGACUUUGAUACUAGCAGCGAAGAAUCGCAUCCCUCUGACCAUGAGCACGAAGACUGGCAGAAAGGUGUCACUGUACCCAAGGAGAAUCGCCGCGAUUAUCUUCUCGGAGCAGAAGAGGAUGUACACGAGGAGCUACAACGCUUGCAAAAAGCGGCACUGGUGAAAGCUUUCAGAGGAGGACAGGGAAAUAGUGAGGAGACAGCUAGCCCCGAGCUCCUUGCUAGAUGCAGAGAUGGCCCAGGAACUGAUAUUCUCUCUCCAAUCUAUCAACACCUUGAAAAGGCCCGCUUGGCCCCUCAGGAGGAUACACCAGACUACAGCAACCUUCCUGGAACAUCUUACGUCUUUUCUGCAGAGGAGAUCGAUACAGAGAAAGACCCAAAGGUGCUCCAAAGUGAGCUGGAAACCCAGGUAGAGGUGUGGAGAGAACUCUACAACAAAACCCCUCGAACUUACCCAUCGGUCUCGGACAAAAAACUCACUCUUUUCCCAGCGGCAGACGAUUGCCAUAAGAGAGCCUUGGCGCGAGUUAGGAAGAGUCUAGCAAAGAUCAAAGACUUGAACUUUUCCUCCAAGUCGGAGACGACGGUGACCAAGCGUUCCAAGCGAAUAGUGCAGGAACACGCGUGGAGCGAUAAAUUCAUAGCCAACUGGGAGUAUUGUCCGCACGGUAUCAGUGAUGCAAAGUGGUACCGUGCUCGGUUCCAGAGUUGGCUGGAUGGUAACAUCCCAAGAGAAUGUUACGUGGACAUUUUUCAUGAAGCAUUCUUCCAAGGCACGGCCCAUGCAGAUGGCGAGACAUCCAUGUUUAUCUUGGACAUGCGCAAGUACAAAAGUAUCAUCCAUCCCAGUGACAAGCAAGGUUGGAACCACGCGCAUGAGAGUGUUGCUGGAUAUAUCUACAACAUUAUUGCGCAAAAGAAGAAAGCGGAAGAAGAGGACCACCUGCGAAGGGAAAUGGACCGGAAGGUCCGACGGGAUGCGCUGCACAGCCCGCGCUUAAGAAGUCCGAGUAGCCCGGUUGCAAACAUAUACCUUCGGCCAGCUGAAGAGAAGGAUGCGCCAGGGCUUGAAGAAAUAAUUGACUGGUACGCCAAAAACUCGUCUCGCAGCCCAAACACCAAUACCAGGACCAACAUCGAUUCCGAGCAAGUUCUCCAGCGCAUCAGAGGCUGUCGCGAGGCGCAACUGCCUUUCAUUGUGGCUGUUGACCGUCACAGAUCAUCCUCCAAGCGGCCGGAGAAUAUAUUGGGGUACGCACUUGCAAAGGAGUUUGACAGUGAUGCUUAUGCCUGCCACUAUACGGCCGAGCUGGAGCUGUUUGUCAAAGACGGAGAAACUAACCAAGGGAUUGGUAAAUGCCUGCUCGACAGGCUACUGCAAGCAUGCGAUCCAUCAUACGACUCAAAGGGUGGCUACCAGUUCCAUGCAAGCACUGAUGAUCGCUCGGCCUAUUACCCUGGUGGCAGACGCAGGCUCGCCAGGCUUGUUUUCACGCUUUCCUAUGUGGGCAACGACAGCCGUGAGAUUGCCGACCACAAGCGUGUCAAGAAGUGGCUUGAAGAGCACGCUGGAUUCGAGGAGCAGGGGCUACUUUGGGGUGUUCGUGUUUGGGGGACCAAGUUUCUGAAUGUUGCCUACCUUGUGCGUAGCACCGGCCACAACAGGCCAGAUACAUGGGAUAAAUAG